GUGGAUGACUUGUAAAAUUUGUUGAAUUUUACCGGCGUCGAGUAUUGAUUUUAUUUUUAUUGAAUUCUCUCCAAUCUCUAUUACAUUCUUGUAAGCCAGUAAGCUUCAGCGACAAGAUUUUACUUAGAUUACUUUGUUUCUAGUCAAAAAGACAAAGAAGAUUUCAGAUCGAAAUGGCGACUGAAACUUUAAUUCCUUUGGAAUCUAAUCCUGAUGUAAUGAAUAAAUUUCUCCAAAAACUCGGUGUUCCAAAUAAAUGGGGGAUUGUAGACGUGAUGGGUCUCGAACCUGAUAUGCUAUCUUGGGUACCAAAGCCGGUUGUGGCCGUGACACUCCUUUUUCCAAUCUCUGAAGCCUAUGAGCAACAUAAGCAAAAGGAAGAAAAUGAAAUAUUGUCCAAGGGCCAAGAGGUUUCCAGCAAUCUAUUUUAUAUGAAACAGAAUAUUAGCAAUGCAUGUGGUACCAUAGCACUUGUGCAUGGAGUGGCAAACAAUAUUGACAAAAUUGAAUUAACAGAAGGUCAUUUGAAAAAGUUCCUAGAUGAGGCUAAGGGUUUGGAUGCUGCUGGUAGAGGCAAGCUGCUGGAACAUAAUGAGGGCAUUAUCAAUGCCCACAAGGAAUUGGCUCAAGAAGGCCAAACCAACACUCCCAGUGCUGAAGAUCCUGUUAAUCAUCAUUUUAUAACUUUUGUGCAUAAAGAUGGAGUUUUGUAUGAGUUGGAUGGACGUAAAGCUUUCCCAAUCAAUCAUGGACCUACUACUGCAGAUUCUCUCUUAGAAGAUGCAUCUAUGAUCUGCAAGGAAUUUAUGGCACGUGAUCCAGAAGAAGUCCGCUUUACUGUAGUAGCUUUAGCUGCUUCUGAAUAAGUCUCUGUCAUACACGCAACAUUAUGAUACAGAGUAUCUUAAUGUAACUAUCAAAUGCUAACUGCUUUUAACUUUCAAGCAAAAAAAAAGUAUUUUCUAUGUAUUUGUAUGCUAUGCAAGCCUUUGUGAUAAUAAAUUGUUUAAGAAAUUA